AUGACUGAUGUCCAUGAGGACCCUCAUGUGAGACACACUCCUUAUGGCAUGUGACAAAACAAGAGGAGCGCAAAAUGGCAUAAUGAGUACCACAUGCCUAUUAAUAUGUGGAGAGAUAGAAAACCUCCAAAGACAGGAGUAGUGCGGGAGAACACACAAGAUGGAACCAUGGAGAGCUGGUUCAAGGUCACAAUUCCAUAUGGGAGAAAUUAUGACAGGACAUGGCUAAUGAAUUCAAUCCAGAGCCAGUGCAGUGUCCUCUUCAGCCCGGUCAAUUGCCACUGUGUCAAAAAUUGGGCCCAGUUCUUUGUCCAGGACGCUAGUACUGCCUCCGCACUGAAGGAUGUCAGCUAUAAGAUUUGUGGUGAGAAGAAUCAAAAGAUAUGUGUUUUUGUAAGUCCUUCGGCUGUACUCUACUCUGUGCAAAAUAAGUUGAUCCCAGAACAAAUGGAGCAGCUAAAGCUGACCAUAAACAAACAAUAUGAUUUCUCCCGGCAAUCUCUAGACCUCCAGAGGCUGCACGUUGACCCAGGUUUGGUGGGCCAUGAUAUUGACAUAAUCCUGAAUCGAAGAAACUGCAUGGCUGCCACCCUGCAGAUCACUGAAAGGAAUUUCUCUGAGCUGUUGUCCUUAAACUUGCACAACAACAAACUGUACCAGCUGGAUGGUCUGUCUGACAUUAUCGAGAAGGCCCCUACAGUCAAGAUCCUGAAUCUUUCCAAAAAUGAGCUGAAGUCAGUGUGGGAGUUGGACAAGGUGAAAGGGCUGAAGCUAGAAGUUCUGUGGCUAGAUGGGAACCCCUUGUGCAGAAACUUCCCAUACAAACCUGCCUAUGUAAGGUCAGCCCUGGGUGACUGCCAUCCCUCUUUCCUUCUCCAUGAUGGCCAAGACCUAUACCUGCCAAUUAUUGUUGACACAGAUAUCCUUGAGUUAAUAAAGCCAUGUAAGGAAAUCUAUAAAGGAUCUGAGACCUUAAAGCGUGUAGCUUUGCAGUUCCUGGAGCAGUAUUACUUGAUCUAUGACUCUGGUGAUCGAAAGGAUCUCCUUGCAUCUUACCACGAUGAGGCCUGCUUCUCCCUGACCAUUCCCUUCAACCUCAAACAGCCUCAUGAGGGCAGCUUUUGCAAGUACUUCAAGGAUAACAGGAAUAUGAAGAAGGUGAAGGACCCCUACCUGCGGAGGCGGCUGCUGAAGCACACAAAACGUGACAUCGUGGACUCCCUCAGUGUGUUGCCCAAAACUCAGCAUGACCUCAGCUCCUUCAUGGUGGACAUGUGCAUCCAGACGGAUACGAUGCUCUGCUCUUCUGUCAGUGGGGUGUUCAAGGAAGUGGAAGGAAAGUGUCAGGGUUCUAUUCGUACCUUCACCUGGAUCUUCAUCACUACUCCUGGCAGCAAUUACAGCCUGCACACAGUGAACGAUAAGCUGAUUAUGACGAAUGCCAGCCCCAAUGAGAUCCAGAGUUCCUUCUCCAUUCCUGUGGCCACAUCCUGCUCUAGCUCCAUGCCCACUCUCUCCCAGGAGCAGCAGGAAAUGGUGCAGGCUUUCUCCAUGCAGUCUGGGAUGAAACUUGCAUGGUCUGAGAAGUGCCUUCAGGACAAUGAGUGGAACUACACCAGGGCUGGUCAGGUCUUUGCUAUGCUCCAGACCAAGGGCAAGAUCCAACAGGAAGCCUUCAGACAAAUCCCCUAA